ACCGUUAGACACUACGGCUACGGGUUGAAGCGGCAUUGCUCCCCUGUGUUGACAACCCUGAUUCAGUAUACAAUUGUGCCUAGCUAGAGACGUGUGGCGCGUCAUAAGUUAUGUUCGUCAGCAGGUAUUGCGCGUGCCGCUAGCGCACGAUCCUAAUUUUCUUAACAACUAUUGGCUACUUACCUAGCAACUCGCGGGCUAUUGCAGGAUUCACAGCUGUUGCUUGAUGAGAGAACAGAGUCUCAAUAUUCACAUGCGAUACUUGAAGCACGAAGCGUAUACGGAAAUAAAAAUUCUCAAUCCUAAUCGCACUCUGUGAAAGUUCAUUUGGUUCAUUUGAAAUUAAGGAGCCUGAGUUUGAAGUCUGUAGGCAUCCCUUUUCCUUUGGCAUUGGAGGCAACAAAGGCGUGUCAGCGUAGAUAGUGCGGUGUGACUCGUGGGUUGUGUCUGCGGACGGUGCGUCGGGGCGCCCUCUCGGUAAGAUGGCGACCGAAGUGGCUUGGACCGACGCCGACCGCACCUACCUGCUGUGCUUCUCCAACGAGCUGACCGAGUUCCGCGAGCCCGAGCUGCGCGCCGUGCUCUCCCUGCUGGGACUGACAGCACGCUGGACCGGCUCUGUCACCGCCACACCGUACCUGGAGGUACGGCUGGGGAGUGAGGCGGACGUCCGCCGGCUGGCACAGCGCACCGUAGCCGUCAAGAGCUGUCUGGAGCUGUGGGCGGCAGCAGACUCGGAGGAGGAGCUUCACCGACAGCUGCGACAGAGGCUGCUCGACCAUCCCGACACCAUGCUGCCCCACUUCGGCCCGGAGACCUCCUUCAAGGUGAACGUGGAGUCGUUCAACCGAACGCUGUCGCACGAGGCCAAGGUGGCGCGCGUGGAGUCGUUUGACUAUCUGCCGCUGGAGGGACCUGUCCGGCUGCGGCACCCCGACCUGCGGCUAGACGCCAUCGAGUACUACGGUUUGGACCCUAACCGGGUGCCUGAGCGGCCGCUGCGGCUCUUCUUCGGCCGCUGGCUGUGUGAUGGGCCGCGAGCAGCCAUCAAGGCGCACUCGCUCAAAACGCGCGCCUACAUCGGCAACACGAGCAUGGACCCGGAGCUGGCGCUGAUCAUGGCCAACAUGGCGCGGGUCCACUCCGGCGACACCGUCUACGAUCCGUUCGUGGGCACGGGUUCACUGCUGGUGGCAGCCGCUCAUUUCGGUGGCCACGUUCUCGGCACAGACAUCGACUAUCUGACGGUGCACGCGCGGACACGGCCUUCACGGGUGCAGGAGCGCGGCCGGCGGCGCGGGGCGGGUGAGAGUAUCGCGGCCAACCUGCGCCAGUACGGCCUGCAGUCCCGCCUGGUGGACGUGCUGGUGGCGGACGCUGCACUCCCGGCGCUGUGGCGGUGCGGCGUCACCGUGGACGCCAUCAUCACCGACCCGCCGUACGGUAUCCGAGAGCCGACCGAGCGGGUGGGCUCGGCUCGGCCGUCCGGCGGCGCCAUCCCGGCGCAGCACCGCGCCGCCCACUUCCCCUCCAAGGUGGCGUAUGGACCCGGAGCGCUGUUUGGCGACCUGCUGCGACUGGCCGCCGACCGGCUGACUCUGGGAGGUCGUCUGGUGUUCUGGCUGCCUGUGACGCGCGCUCAGUACUCCGCCGACCGGCUCCCCAGCCACCCCUGUCUCCGACUGGUGGCCAACAGUGAACAGACGCUGACGGCCCGCGCCAGCCGCCGUCUCCUGACGCUCGAGAAGUGGCGUGAGCCGGACGACGGGGACGCCGCCACUGUGCACACCAGUGUCGAUCGGUUCGUGAGCGACUAUUUCAGCAGUGAGACCACGGCGGACGGUGGGAACAGUGAUCGUGAGACCACGACGGACGCUGGUGGUGACGGCGAUACAGGGACUGUAACGACCGGUGUUGACGUUGGUGACAGAGUGACAGGGACUGUUGGUGACCGCACUGGUGCAGUGGGGACUAGUGAGGAUGGUGACAGUGUUCAGGGCGAAGUCGCUGCGAACGAAAAGGCCAAGGAGCGUGUUCUGGUCAGGUGACAUUAGGUCAGUGUACCGUGUGAUCCGUGUCAUGAAUAUGCAGCUGCGAGAAAUGGCUUCGUCGAUCAUUUUAUCAUCGUCCAUGACUCCAUAGGUAUUUGAUCGCAUUCUUUAGUCACCUGUUUUCAUGAAACUUCAACACGAAUCUGGCAGGCCGUGAAACCUUUAUCGUAAGUUGAAGCGAUAUUUGUGAAGUGAUGGAAAAAUUAAUUUCGAUGCGUCUAAACUUGGUUUUCGGAGUCAUUGUGUGUGAGUGUGUCAAGUCAAAAGUUAAUGUCAGUCAAAACUCAAAACAAAAGUGAAUGCUUCGCUUUUCACAUUUCGCUUUUAUGCCGUAGGAGCGACAAAUUUUAUGUAUGGUACCGAGUGUGUGGGGCCUACCCCUAUUCCCGAUUGAAGUAAGCAAUGCAUUUGGGGACUGUUUUGAAUGCGUUUGAAUGCGUAAAUGCGUUCUAAAGGACUUUGAUGUUUGAUCACUUCACACUUGAACAUUGAUUGAUUGUCACCGCUUUGAACUGUAAGACCAAUACAAGCUGUUGUCUA